AUGUACCAUUUGAUCUUAGGUUAUGUAGGAUUGGUAUUAAGUGUUUGUAUUUGUUAUCAGAAAAAUGUAUGACGGAUUGCACAACUUGGCAGUCUGUUAAUAAUUGUGCCAGUAUUAAAUUUAUUAAAUUUGAAUAUAUUUAUUUCUGGUAUCAGCGGUGCACUAACUAGUGAUUUUAUGUCGGUUGCAUUAGUAAUUUUAAGAGUUUGAUUAUUGCCUUUGAUAUUAAUUGCAAGCCAACAACAUAUGGCGAAGGAUACUGGGCUGUAUCAACGUAUUUUUAUUAUUUGUCAAGUAAUUCUAAUAAGAGCAUUGGUGCUGGCUUUUUUAGCAAGCCAUCUAUUAUUAUUUUAUAUUGCUUUUGAGUCUACGUUGUUGCCUACAUUGAUAUUGAUUACUCGUUGGGGAGCACAAAAAGAGCGUUAUCAAGCAGGAACAUAUUUUAUAUUCUAUACAAUGGUUGGGUCAUUACCUCUUCUUAUUUGUCUUGUAGGCCAAUAUAAAAUAAUAGGGAGUUUAUCAUUAGACUUGAUUUUGGGGGGGAUAUAUAAGGGUGAAUAUUUUACUAAUCUUUGGUGAUUAGGGUGUAUUUUAGCAUUUUUAGUGAAAUUGCCUUUGUAUGGGGGUCAUCUUUGGUUGCCUAAGGCACACGUGGAGGCACCAAUUGCUGGGUCUAUAGUUUUGGCGGGGGUAUUACUUAAACUAGGGGGUUAUGGCUUAAUACGAAUUAGCUAUGCUUGAGGGGCUAGCGCUUUAUUGUCUGGGGAGGUGGUUUUUGCCCUUGCUUUAUGAGGAAUGGUAGUAAUGGGGGCUAUUUGCUUGCGGCAAACGGAUUUAAAGUCCUUAAUUGCUUACUCAUCAGUUGGGCAUAUAGCUUUAGUAGUUGGUGGUAUCAUAACAGGUACUACUUGAGGUUACAACGGGGCAAUAAUUUUAAUAAUUGCUCAUGGGUUAGUAUCAUCUUGUUUAUUUUCUUUAGCAAAUUACUGAUAUGAACGUAGACAUAGACGAAAUCUUUUAGGAUCGCGGGGAAUAAUUAUUUUGUUUCCACUAAUAGGGGCAGGUUGAUUUAUUGCUAGUUUGAUAAAUUUAGCUUUGCCCCCGACAAUUAAUCUCUUUGGUGAGCUAGUGGCUAUAGUAGCUGUAUAUAAUUGAAGCAUGUUUAGAGUUAUUUUUAUAGGGGUGGGGGCAGUUUUAACGGCUGCUUACUCUUUGUACAUGUUUGGCAUAUCUCAGUGAGGGGAAGUGUUGGAAAAUUAUAAAAAUUUACAUGUUAUAACUAGUCGAGAGUACUUACUUUUAAUAAUACAUUUAGUUCCUGCAGCGUAUCUAAUUUUUAAUUUAGGGCUGAUGUUUUAG